UUGCCUAUUCUUUACGCGUGCAACAUGGCGUCAAAUCUCGGUUCGAGUUUGAAGUGGCAAGAACUGUUACCAGAACACCCAGUUUUUCAAAGGCUUACUCAAAGACAUGUCGAUGCAAGCUCAGAAAUAACAGAGGGAUCUCAGCAGAGAGCAACUAAUAACAUUUUGAUUGAAAAUGAUGGCGAAAUAUUCCUAUGGGAUUCCUCGAAGAGUAGUAUACUGACAGCAAAUCUAAAAAACUUGCAUUUUGAAAACGAACGGUCUGCCAAAUUUCAAGAAUUUGCUUGCACAAAGGCUCCUCCAUUUGUCGUGGAUUCUAUGCUAUUCAGCCCAUCAUCAAAGUACCUAUUGCUCAUAGGAGAAAGAGGAAUAUCAGUUCUUGAGAUGCCAAUGAGAUGGGGAAAGUUUGCUGAGUAUGAUGGUGGAACUGAAUCUGUUAGUUGCAGAACAAUUCCUAUUGAUCCAAGAUUCUAUGUAACUCAUCACAAGAUAAAAGUUCUUGAUGUUAAGUGGCAUCCAGGAAGUCAGGCUGACAUUCAUCUCAUGGUUCUUACUUCAGAUAAUAACUUAAGACUUUACAGUGUGCUCAAACCAACUUCUCCAGAAGAAAUUAUUUCCUUGGGGGAGUCAUCUUCACUGACAGCAGAAUACAGCAGGAAGUCUUUGUCUGUUGGAUCGAUGUCAACAUUUGCAGCUGCUCUUGGAGAGAAAGCCGUUGCAUUUGAUUUUGCCCCACCUACUACUGCCCCUGUCCUCAGAGGAAGGCUCAACUCUAGUGAUGCUGAACCAGAUGUCACUCAUCCUAUCUUCGUUUUGAGAGAAAAUGGAGACAUUUACUAUCUGGUUCACAGAAUUUCUCAAAUGAGGUGCCAGCCACAGCUGACAGGUCCAUUGACAAUGUACCCUGCAGCAGAUGAUAAUUAUGGACUGGAUGCUUGCUCCUUGCUUUGUCUUCAUUCCCAGCCCCCUGUUAUCGCCAUGGCAACAGCAAGUGGAAAAAUUUAUCACUGUAUUGUUUUGGAAUCAGAAGAAUCUUAUGAUCCUGAGGAGGAAAUAGAAUCCUGGAACAGACAUGGAAUUGUCAAAAGUGAUGCGUGUCGGCAAAACCUUUCUCUGUUUGUUCAUGAAUGUGUAGAACUUCGGGUCUCUUUAUUAAACGAAGCAACAGACAGAAGUUCAGCUGGGGAUUAUUCAGAUGAAAAUGAAAACAUGGCCCUGUUAAGACUACAAAGAGAUCCAGGAUCACCAUAUCAGUAUAUUUGUUCGCACAAUACCGGAGUACACAGCGUUUCAUUGCCAUGGGCUAAGAAACUACAAAGUUAUUGUCUGCAAGAUGGUGAAGGUUCUUUUGAUCCUGAAGAAGCUGCCAUUGUAUAUCACAUGAUAUGUACUUCCCCGACAGCAGCAAGUUUGUCAUCUCCAAUCCUUGGUGUUUGUGUGGUAGACAGCAGAAUUCUUGGUUCUUCAAUGCUAUGUUUGACCUCAAAGAUGGAGUGCAUUGUUAAACCCUUGAGUUUACUGAAUAGACCACCCUCUCCAUCAACAACUGAAACAGAUGAAGAAACCAGCUAUGAAAGUGCAGCGUUUUCACCAAUCCGACACUUGAAUGUGGGAUUAUUUAAAAGUCAGAUUGAGAAGAUAUUAACAAGAAACACUUCAACACCUUUGUUAAGAGCUGGCAAAGAAUCUGAGAAACUCUCUCAGGAGGACUGUUAUCAACUGCUUAUUCAAGUACAAGAAAUAUUGAGGAAAGAGUAUAUUCAAAAACAAAACAAGGCCAGGGAAGAGAUUGAAAAAAGAAUCUCAAUCCUCAAAGACCAGAAGGAGCAACAGAACCAACACUUGGUAAAACUUCACAGAAUCAGUGAUGAGCUUAGAGAACAAGCUGCUGCACUGGGAGGAAAGCUGGAUGACACAUCAGAGAGGCAUAUGGAUCUCAUUAGAAGGCUGGAAUCUCUUUUCCGUUUUGUUCACAAUGGCAUUCCAGUUUUAUCCCAUGCCGAGAGUAAAAUGAAAAAAGAGUUAGAAGACAUUGAAACAUUUUUACAAUUCCAUAGGGAAUCACUGGAACAGAUUGAAGCAAAAAAUAAGUAUUCAAAAAAGAGUCCACAGAAGUCCACAUCUUCCAAGUUACCAGUUCUUAAUGUUUCCCAGCAAAAUAACAUUAGAAAAGUACUUAGUGAUGAGAGUGAAAUGAUUACCGACCUUGUAAAUCAAGUCAAAGAACUCAAAAUUCAAGUUGGAUUGUAGUCUUAGUCAAUAAUCAGAGCCUUCCAAGAUACAUGUGUCAGAUAUGAUAUGAAAAGACUGAAAGGAAAUAUAUCUAGUGACACAAAGACCACCUUUGUAGAUUAGGGUUGGUUCAUCUUCUAUAAAAGUGUGAAGUUUAUUCUGAUGGUGGAGAAUAAUUACUUGUGUUCAAUUGCAUCUAAAUUACUACAGGUUUGUAACAGUUAUGAAUCUGAAUCAACUUUUGUGUCGACUAAUUUACUCCAUUUUAUUUCAAUUGAUAUUAAUUUAUUUGGUUUUGCAUAGUGUACAUGUAAAACUUUACUUCAACACAGCACUGAUUAUUGGUAGGAAGUUUGCACAGCUUGGGGUUCAAGAUAGAUUAAGAUUCCUUAUCUUCCUUUAGUUUGUUGAGCAUGAUCAAGGGAGAAAACAAAGGAGAAAAAAUAUGAGGAAAAAAAAAAUAGCUUUUACCUAGCCAAUGUUUAGUUUGGUGUUAUUAGGUUGUUAUAAUUUGACUGUAUAUAGAAAUCUAC